UCUCAACCGAGGGCGAGAAAAACUUUACGAUAUGACGUCUUCUUCUGACACGUGACACUCCCCCGGAACUUGGUGACGUCGCAGAACAACAAAGAUGGCAGGCAUAGGAGGCAGCAACUACUGGGAAGAUCUGCGAAAGCAGGCAAGACAGUUGGAGAAUGAACUGGACCUGAAGUUGGUCUCCUUCAGUAAACUGUGCACCAGCUACAGCAGCUCCAGGGAUGGGCGUCGGGGAGACACGUCAGACACCACCCCACUGCUAAACAACUCAACCCAGGAUAGGAUGUUUGAAACCAUGUCAGUGGAGAUUGAACAACUGCUGGCCAAACUGACUGCUGUGAAUGACAAGAUGGCGGAGUACACCAACACCCCAGGCACCUCUUCUCUCAAUGCUGCGCUCAUGCACACACUCCAGAGACACAGAGACAUCCUACAGGAUUACACUCAUGAAUUCCACAAAACCAAAGGCAACUUCUUGGUCAUCCGGGAAAGGGAAGAUCUGCUUGGGUCUGUCAGGAAAGACAUUGAGACAUACAAGAGUGGCUCCGGGGUCAACAACAGAAGAACAGAGCUGUUUCUAAAGGAGCACGAGCACCUGAGAAAUUCGGAUCGACUGAUGGAUGACACAAUAAGUAUUGCAAUGGCAACCAAGGAGAACGUGACCUCCCAAAGGGGCAUGCUGAAAUCUAUACAGAGCAGGGUCAACACGCUGGCCAACCGUUUCCCAACCAUCAACAAUCUCAUCCAGAGAAUCAACCUGCGGAAGAGACGAGACUCUCUCAUCCUUGGCACAGUCAUCGGCGUCUGCACCAUUCUCCUCCUGCUCUAUGCUUUUCACUGAAAGCCCGGCCUGGUGAAGUCUUUAAAGGGACAGGAUUGCUUUUUGUAAUGUGGGAAACCCAGGAGACUGAGCUCAGUGAUUGGAGGACCCUGGAAGCUCCCGAGCAGAAGGACAUUUCAGUUGGUCCAGUUCUUGGAUGGGAAGAAAUUUGGCCAACAUGAACUACUGAAUGGGUAUUUAGCAGUGGGGCAGAUGGAGGACUGGUGAUUUGGUGCUCUUCUGCCAACAAGGGAAGACCAAUAUAGUACAUAAGAUUUUAAAAAAUUAUAUUGAACACGCACUUGGACAUAAUCUGAGGAUAGUUUGAAGAGACUAUGAAUGUGGGAUGCUUAAUGUUUUUCACAGGUGACUGGUCUUUUUUAAUUAAUGGAGGGAGAUGGAUAGUAAAAUGGGCUGUAAAAUGUGAAUUAAUAAAUUAUGCAUAUCGGUAUGUGCAACUAAAGUGUGUGACACUAUUAGAUACUGAAAAUUUAAAACAGUUUUUCAAAAUAUAUCACUUGCAUGUGGGUCUCUCGAAGUUUAACCACUAGGAUGCCACACCGAUGCUCGUAAACAUGAUUAUUAUUUUUACUAGAUUUCUACAAUAAAUAUACUAUAGCUGCCCCUGGCUGGAUUCAAA